AGGGCCCAGCCUCGACUGACUGACUUCUCUCGGUCAAGACUGCUACCCACGUUUUAUUUAAUUCCUUUCUUUUACUUCAUUCUAAACAGACUCGGGAUUCUUUUGGGACAUACACGAAUCCUUCAAAACAAUACAAGUCGAACUUAUAUGCAGCCAUCGCUAUUCGGAACGAUCGAGCUAGAUUAAGCUAAAGACUGCGCCAGUCACAAUUCUGUCAGGAAGGAAAGCAGUCGUACAGUGGUUUCGAAGAAGAUCGAUCAAACAAUUACAGAUAUUUUUUAUGGUUCAAACAGGUAUUUUUUAGCCUUACUUCCCAGGAUGCCGCACCUUAUGUAUCAAGACGGCUUGAACUCAAUGGAAGCACCUUCGUGAGUAUUCUCGUGUUCUCCUACUAUUCCUUCUGACGUCUCGGAAGCUCAGUGAGCGACUAGCUCGACAAGCCUACUUAGGCUCUGUUACAAAUAAAUCUUCUCCGACAAGUUUUUCGCUCCAAUUCCUCUUAUGUCCUCUUUUAUUGUGUAGGUAAGGUCUCCUUCUCCGUCGCGGUUGAUGCCGAUGCUGUUGCCAAACAGACAAGCGCGGCGCCUCGCUCGACCGAAUUGCAUUCCAUCAGGUGAUUUUGUGUACACAUGCGGCGGAGCAACAACAAAGAGCAUACCGUAGCAGCAGCGUAUACACACGUGCAAUGAUUCCGAAACAUGCACGCACAUAGGCACGUCUAACGCCAAUGGAGAAAGGCGAAGCAAUACGUCCCAACCCCUCGUUUAAGCAGAGAGUCAACCCGAGAAAGGACGACUUCGUGAGCGGAAGGUCGAACAUCUGUAGCGCCAGCAGCAAAUGAUGUUCGCACCACGGUCGCGGGUCUUCACCAGCAGCAACGUCAGUUGUGCCACUAACGUUGGUGCCACCUAAUGCGAGUUUUUGCUGCUGCCGCCGUCGCCGCCGCCGCUGCCGUUGUUAUGACGGUAGCAGCUGAGUUAUGACAACUCUACAGAGCAACCGCCGUCACCCCGCUGUCGCUCUGCUGCAUUCACAGAUACAGCCGCUAACAGCUAAAUUGUGACUGCAACGACACAGGCGCUCGCAGCAGGUCGUUUUGUCUACAGCUGCAUCGACGCCAGCGAAAAGGAGAAGCCGUACCAAGGAGGACGAGCGCGAGAAUCUCAGCCGGACAUAGCGGUAGCUGUAUGCUAGUGAUGCCUAUUCGCUAUCAGGCAAAUUUCUAUCUAUCUGCGACUGCGUUCAGGGCGCGCGAGCGAUAAAUAACCGGAUCAAGCGAUCGACGACAACGCCCUAUGUUCCUUAAAAUGUAUAUCAUGCAUUCAUUAUUAGGUUAGUGUAUAAUAUGCACCGUUGUAGAAGUGUGAGUGGCUGUGCGUCGUCAUAGUAGGAAAAAAAAAACCUGCAAAUGCCUUAGAAGUCAAAGUAAUAUUGGUAACAGUAUUAGUUGUUGGUAUUGUCGUAGUGAAACGACAAAUAUAUCCCCACGUCUUGUGUAUGGGUUUACUGUGCUGGAUUGACUCUGAUCCACAGAGGACCCCGGGGAAAAACCCGUUGUGUAGCAAUUUGGAGCAAUGGAAAAGGUGCAUUGUGCAUUUGUGAUCUACAGUAGUCUCUAGUGUCUCAUUCUUUUACUAAAGAAACCGUCACCGACCAGUGCUAUUAUACCAGCUUAGUAAAUAUUUUUAAUACGACUACCUUCGUGCCAAUCGUUGGAUUACUACUCACGCUGGAUCUACGCUGAUUAUCCGGCAGUGUCACAGAAUGGAUACAACUCAGACAAUACAGCGAACGAUGCGGCGAAGGUCAACAGGCUCCUUUUUUAAGGAGCUUUGCAUUGAUUGCAACAACCUUCUAAGUCAAUGCCUAUGCAACACAGACGAUGUUCGUAAACUGGGCGUUCUAGUCAAACAGGACUUGGCUUACUUUGGACAGCGUAUCCUUCGAACCCCUUCGUCGAAGGAUUUACACAGUGUUUGUGGCCGCGAUAAAGACUGCUCGAAACUACACAUAUGCUCAAUUACGGAGGCUCCGCCCUUUUUGACAAGUAACAGUUAUAUUACUCAUGGAUAUCGAACGUUUAAGUCGAAGGAACGUUGCAUAAAAGGCAUUCUUCUAUGGACAAAUGAAACAGUUAACAUAUGGACCCAUCUGGGUUCGUUCUUUGUUGUGCUCGCCCUUUACGUACAGGACGUCAUAACAAACUAUGACGUCGAAGGUUUUGCCGAAUUUGACCGUCGCCUAAGUGGCCUGAUGCUUGCCAGCUAUCUAAUUAUGUUGGGCCUAUCGAGUGUUUAUCACAUCUUUAAUUGCUGCUGUUCACCGUGCUAUCGAUAUUGGUAUGGCUGGGACUUUGUGGGCGUAUGUGCCUCGAUUUAUGGAUACGGAUGUGGCUUUCUGUUUCUACAGUUCCGGGAUGAGCCACUUUGGAUCGCAUUCUAUGGUACCAUUAAGACUGUGAUCGCCGGCGUUCCCAUAUGUAUGACCUUCUCUACAAAGUACUUCCAGGAGAGGUACGACGACUCGCGUUCGGUGUGGAUCGGCGGAUUUGUAGCGUUCAACGUUUUGCCUAUUGUACACUCGAUCCUAAUGCGAGAUGACGGACUUGGCAACAUUGUCGUGCAAUAUACGCUACCGACCCAUCUUAUUGUGAUGUUUUUGCUUGUCGGUAGUUACAUCAUAUACUGUGUUCAGUUUCCGGAAAGCCGGCAGAAAAAAACAGACGUUUGUAACCGAAUCGUUCGCUUCAUGCAACAGACUUUUUCCCGGACGAGUGAAUUUCAUCGGCAACAGCCAUCAGGUGUGGCAUGUUGGCACAGCGACUGCAGUUUUGUGCGCCCGUCAUCUUUAUUUCCAGUACAUUCGGGCAUUCAAGUUUCAAAGAGAGGAGGCGUUCGGACAACCCGUGCUAUCCGCAAGCUGAUGUUCGUGCGCUACUACGGACUCCUACUGUGUAUAGUCAACAACGAAAUCUCAUCAGCGCCAUGCCUAUCGUUUGAUUCUAGUAAACAAUGUCUCUUCAACCGUUUCAUUGGCACUUAUUAUCAUAAAAUAAAAAUGUCGUAUAUGGCAAACGCAUGAUACAAAAAGAAGAAAAGGAGGAGGGCAGACAGGCGUACACAUAGUUUAAGAUAUCAGCUGCAAACGGUGCCGAAAGUGCGGCGAGCGUAAGGCGGAGACAGCGAUGACCUAUGUGGCAAAGAUUCUGAUAAGAUAGACACUUAGCAACAACUACUCUUCUGUGCAUUGUAUUGUAUGUUUAUAGGGAUUGGACACAUUGUCAAAUCGUCGGUAAACUUACUUGAUUACAUCACAUGCGCAGUAAACUAUCGAAUCCGUUGUGGCGAGUAACUAUUCGGCGCCCGACGAGCUCGACGCGUGAAUAGCUCAACUUCGAUUUUAGCGAUCAAUGUAGAUUACCACCUUAAACUUCAUUUCGUAGGGAACUUUCACGUGCAGCGAAUGAACUGCAACAGAGCGGACUAAUCGUCUUGUAACAUAGAUUUUUGAACUAAAGGUCCAAGUCCGCCCAGAUCGACAGGCACCCCUAGGCGGCACGUAACUGACUGAUUCCAAAGGCGUGAAGUUAAAUUAAUAUUCAUCGUCUCUCAUACGUUUGUUUUGCUGCCUUAAUAUUAGUAGUUACUGGGUAGGUUUGUUAGCAAUCCAGCGCCUGCGCGAAUCAAAAAAUAGCAAUGCUAACCAAACGUUCAUUUAUCACUAGAGGACAGGUAAGUUAUUAGUAAGAUUGUAACUUACUACUUGUGCUAAUAGUUCAAAAUCUAAUUUUCUCGCCUACGUAUCUAUACGUCAUCUCUGUAACAAGCAUAUAGAUACGAGUACGUGUAUUGAAUGGAUAUUGAUAUGUAGCCGUAAACAAACAUAUGCACAACUUCUGUGUGAGAGAUAUCGGUCAGUUAACUACUGUUGUUAAUGCUGCCGUUGUACAACACUACAAGCAAGUAUUAUCAAAAUGCGCAUUUACUUAUAUCCUAUUUUUUUUGACGGUUCUUCCCCUGUAUAACGGAGACGACGUUUCGCAUAUCGUCUGCUACGGUUGCAUAAUAGUCGUGUUUCCUCCUUUAUGUUCCAUUUAUCUUUAACAUUAAGUGUCUUUCUAUAUCUACGAUGCUUCGCCUUCUCGGUGUUCUUGCCCUAACGCAAGAUUUCACUUUGAGUGUGACGAGGGGUGGCUGAUAGGGUUAAAGCUUUCAAAGCACGAAACGCUGCGGCCAGUUAAGUUUCUUAAUCAGUUUCUUUGCUAUAUGUAGUCAACGUACCGCCGGCCAUUAAUCAAACGCGUUUCGAACUUUGACUUGUGUCAGUUUUGUUGUACAGACGAAUAACGAUCAUCUCUAAUGUAAAGAGCUAGCAGCGUGUAAGCUUGCGAGAUAUCCUAAAAUUUCCAAUGAAUAUAAAGCUCAGCACGAUAGUCCGCCGGUGAACAAGUAUAUGGCCAAUGUUGAUCGGAGCAACAUCCUGUUUCCUAUUGUAAAUAAACUCUAUUUCAAGUACAGCUAAUGAUGAUUGACAGUGAUCCGGUUCUUACCUAAGUAGAUAAUUUAUGCUUAGGCUCAAGACCCCGUAUAUUACUUCUCUCGGUAGAGAGUCAUGUUCACUUCGUCAGCAUGAUGCGCUUUCUACGUAAGUUAACAAUAACGCGUUAUUGUUAUAUAUAUAUAUAUAAGCACAAUAUAAGACAAGCAAAACGCAUGUCUUUCGUUUUGAUAGUCAGUUGUGUAAUAAUCGUAAGACGAUACUCGAGCGAUUUGUCAACAUGGUGUAAGGCUCUAAAAACUUCACUAGGUCAGCAAUUGUAAAUACAGUCAUUGGUUACAAGCAAAUAGCAGUAGGUCAUUGGCCGCCAUACAAAUAUGGCCGACGCACAUAUAAUUGGAUAUGGUAAAUUUUGCACAAAUGUUGUAAUUGUACGUACUUUAUAACCGCGGAACGUUCGUGGUUUCAUACCAUAAUAGAGGUUUUUGGCAACCUGGCAACAAUAAGAUCGGACCUCAAAAUAAGGAGUAAUUUAGCAAGUGCCAUUUACUAAUCAUCGACUAAUAUUCUCAAUGUACGCCAGUCACAGAUCGUUUUCAAACUUUUAUUUUAUCACAAAACUCCAACAUUAUUUACGCCUUUAAAAUUAUAGGGAUAGUGUGAUCAUCUAGUAUUUGGCUUCAUAGCUGGUACACAGCAGCUACCUUACAAUUAUUCGACGUCUAGUCGCCGCGAAUUUUCAGCUCCUGUGAAGUAUAACAAACAGGCACGAAGCAAAAUACUAUAUUGCCAGCUAUUAAAUAUUGUUGUGCAUCCCGUCCGCGUCGGUGUCAGGUACCUUGCGAGGAAAACCCCAUGACUUCAUUUUUUCCCGUCAACGCCUGACCUCGCUCCGGCUGGCAUAACUUUCUCUUCAAUCGUGAAUAUCAUUUACUAAACAUCGCCGUCCGAAAUGAACGACUUACGUCUAAGCUGCUAAAUUUACGUAGGCGUUUUCAGUCAUACAUAAAUGAUAUAUUUUCCAUGUUCUGUAUGUGAUCGAUUUAAAAGGCCAGCAAAUUAAUACGAUUUUCGCGUAAUUCCUGUUGCCGUAACCUCUGGAAGCCCUGAGCGUAGCGGCAAAUGGUCGUUUUUAAUAAAAAUAAUGAUUUUCUGUGUUCGUAAGCGAACAAACACUUAUCGAUUCCGAAUAACAUAUCUUUUCCAUUAAUAUGUCGCUUGGCAAUGUUUCUGCUUGAUCGUUCGAAGACUCCAUUGUUUAUAUAGAAUGCUGAAAAAACGAAAAUGUAGCCUCAGCCUAAAGAAAUGUAAUGUUAUUGUUAGCUGUUAUGGUGUGGAUACGUAAAUGCAAUAAUCUAAACUAAUAAGAGAUCAAUGGGUGUCUUGUUUUUCUAUUUCUGCGGUAAUUCCGACACUUAAGGCACAUUAUUAUUGUUAUUAAUUGUUAUUAUUAGAAUUAAGUUUAAGAUAUUAGUAUCAUUUUGUAGCGUUAGCCGCAGUUCGAAAUACCUAGUUUUAGCCUUAUGUAAGCAGGUAGACUGAUAUAUUUGAGCAGUGAAAUUAAAUGUUAUUUAUUUAUUAUAAACAUUUUUCAAGUCAAGAAUUAUAUAAUAAUUUGGGAUUUCAUUGCAUUUUUACAAUGUAUAGGCCGGUAUGAAUUACUUCCUUCUCAUGCAAUAACAAGCAUUGAAUACUAUAGUGGAGUUCAUACUGAAUAUAAUCGGCACGAUUUAAGCUACACCUUGAAUAAUCUGAUACUGACUAUGGCAAAAAAUUAAUAGUGAAAAACUUGUAUUAUACCUGUUAGCUGUGAUAAAAUGGACUGCACCGCCAAAACAACAAGUACACACCUGUAGAGAAAAUUAAAAUGAAUGCAACU